AUGCAUUACACAUUUUCCUCCGCGAUUAUAAACUUUUUAAUCGCAAUUUCCACCAGUGCUACUAUUUUACCGGCUUUGCACCAACGUAAAUUUGACGUGGACGCCAGCCCUUCCACUAUUAAAACCGCCGUGCAAAUAUUGGCCGACGCCGCAUACUGGGAUGUUAAAAAGCAGUUUGACCUCAGAUUUAGAUAUUUCAAAACUUAUUCCCAAAACGAUAUCGACGCCCUUCAAAAAGCGUAUUUUAGGAUUGAAAAAACAUGCGACCUCGACUCUGACAAUAUUGUUUUCCGCUGCGAUCCUCCAAGUCACAAAUGUGAUACGUCAGCUGGUUAUAUCCCUUUGUAUCCCGCUGACGCAUCCAACAACCAAAUAUUUUUAUACCCGUUAUUCUUUAAUAAAUACGAAUUUCACGAUCUUGACAGAGGUCGUAUCCUCGUUCAUAAGACCUCGCAUAUUCCAUCCAUUCGAAAUAUUAUGGAUUAUGAUACGUAUGGAUUAUAUAAUUUACUAGGCCUUUUUAAAGAACUAAGCCUCUAUUACGCGGAUACCUUUGGCUGGUUCGCCCUCGCCGCUUAUAAUAAAAACUAUUAA